AUGGGCUACUAUGGUGGCUGCUACAGAGGCCUGGGCUAUGGCUAUGGCUUCGGUGGCCUGGGCUGUGGCUAUGGCUAUGGCCUCGGUGGCCUGGGCUAUGGCUGUGGCUAUGGCGGCUAUGGAUAUGGCCCUUUCUAUGGAGGCUACGGAUAUGGCUGCUCUCGAUCUUGCCUUGAACAAGAAACGAAAAUCACCACCCCUGACACCAUGGGCUAUUAUAGCAGCUGUUACAGAGGCCUAGGCUAUGGCUGUGGCUUCAGUGGCCUGGGCUAUGGCUAUGGCUAUGGCCUCGGUGGCCUGGGCUAUGGCUGUGGCUAUGGUGGCUACGGAUAUGGCCCAUUCUAUGGAGGCUGUGGAUAUGGCUGCUAUCGCCCAUGCAAUUAUGGAAGAUACUGGUCUGGCUGCUGCUGA